CACGCCAAUAAAUAUAACGUUGGGAAUCGUCCUUCCACUCCACUUAGCUCCUGUCCCGCCUGCCUACCAAUUCAGAUUUCAGAGCGAAAGAAAGAGGGAGACCCCCGUGAUGAGAUGAUGGAAUUUGGCACGGAAAGGGAAGAUAAGGUGGGGGAUUACGAGUACAACAGAGAGUUGAACGUGAAGAAGGCGAGGCUAAACUCGACGCUCGACGCUCUGCUCCACGAUCCUAUACUCGCCGAUGUCCCCAAUAAACCAACCUUGUCGGACGUCGACACCCUCAUCAGCCUCGAACUGGGCAGCGCCAUGCGCCUUUCCGUCCUCAAAUUGGACGGCAGUUCCUUCGAUGUAGCGAUGAUGAAUUCGGCAACGGUUAAGGAUUUGAAGCUUGCAAUCAAGAAGAAAGUGAACGACAUGGAGCAAUCCAAGAUGGGUCAUCGUCACAUUUCAUGGAAGCAUGUCUGGGCGAAUUUUUGCCUAUCGUACAAUAAGGAGAAGCUACUUGAUGACAACUCUAUGCUUCAGGUUUUUGGCAUACGUAAUAAUUCUCAGGUACACUUUAUACCCUAUGUCAUGGCAAAGGGUUCUCAAAGGCAUUCAAAGGGGAGAAAACACCGUUUCUUUCAUGGUCUUAACAAGAAGGCAUGAACAAGGAAUCAUGGUGCUGCACAGGGAACCAGAAAUCAAGCAAAAAUACCAAAGAUGUAUGAUAAAUAUAAAUCCUUUUCUAAGGGAGGAGAGAAACAGGUUAAAACAGAGGACAAAUAUUCUAAUUUUUGUACUUAUGAUUUAAUAUUUAUAUUUUCCAUGAAUACUCCAACUAAUCAUUUACCAUAUAAUUUGUAUCUUCAUUCUUUAUUUGAUUUGGAUGUUGGUGGCAAGCAUUAUCAUUAUGGUUACGGCCAUUUAAGUAAACAACAAAUUUGUUUC